AUGGGAGACUUCCAUAAGAUCCACCGAUAUUUCAGUCCGCUACUAUCAAUACUCGCAGAUAGCAGCGUCGAAGAUCUCCUCGGACGGUCUAAUUCGAUCUCCACGCUAUCAGAUCUCUUGCGUCCAUUCGACGUAUUGCAUAAUGUACCUCUGCGGACGAGUCUCUUGGAAACGCACCACGCACCCUCCUUCUAUCUACGCUUCAAUGAGCUCGCUCAGCUUGAUGCCGACGCCGAUGAGUUGCACAGCGUCGUAGAGAACGCAGCAAAUGAUGCAUUGGAUGUACACGGUGCACAGAAUCCACUCAAUCAGUAUGAUCAUUUCGUAGACGCAGUUCUCUCCCACCACGACCUCCUCCCGUACUCCACCUUCCAUCAUCCGGCAGCAUUUAUCCUCGCAACGACCACGACACACAGCGAUCCCAUAGCACAGCUCGCUCGACUCGCUCAGCAGGUGUCGCUGCCAGAUGCCUAUGCCAAGCGCACAUACAUGAACGCGACGCCCAACUAUGUCCUCCGAUACUACGUCCUCAUACACGAUUCACAGGAUGGCAGUAUUAGUAUGGAUGGCGCGCGUGAGCUGCUGGAGAAGGCUAAGAGGGCACAUGGGAUUCACUGUGCUAUGCUAAUUAUCAACUCUAAGGACAAAGCAGGCGUACAUACCAAUGACGAUCUCGUUGCUCGCACGUACGGAAACGCUAGCGGUCACAGUCUCGACGCUUCAGAUCUCACCGUCGUGAGGGCGUUCGUCAGGGAGCUUGUCGUCCAAUCACUCAUACCAUGGAUGGAAAAAUGCACUCGUGACUGGAACCAGCUGUUCGUUGCAAAUAGGAAGGGAUUCGCUAAUAAGCUGUUCUCUUCCUUUGGCGUUUCGAGGAAGUGGACUGCGCAGCAAUCACCCGCUAGAGCUAUCAACAGCGCUGCUUCGCCAGGAUCGUUUAUCAGCUCAGAGAAGAUAUACCCAUCAACUACCCACGAAGCUACCUUCCGCAGACUGGCAGACUUUGCUUUCAUGUUACGUGACUACAAGCUCUCAGCUCAGGUAUACAGUCAGACGCGGCGAGAUGUGGCCGAGGAGCCCGAAGCAUAUCACUACGCAGCCUCUGCUAACGAGAUGCUGGGGCUAUCGCAUCUUCUCUCUCCGCACUCUCCAACGUCGACACUCGACCUCACACUGGAGCACCUCAAAGAAGCUUCGCGCGUGUGGGGUGAGACGGGAGAACGUAAUGACAGCGCGCAGGCUGUGCGUGCUACGAUACUAUUCGUCGAGUCAUUCAGAGCGCGCGGAUCAUCUGGUCUAGUCAUACCUGCAGCACUCAUCGGUGCGGCCAGCGGAGGUGCUGUGCACCACGCCAUAAUGCUCAGUGAGGCUGCAUUGGCGUAUGAAAACCACGUUAGACCUUACAAGCGCAAGGCGUGUCUCUACUAUGCCAGGGCAGCAUCUUUAUACGAAGCCAAUGGGAAAUUGGAACAUGCUAGAUGGUGCUACUCUCACUGCGAUACUAGAAAAUUCCCCUUUGUCGUGCAAGCUCUAGGUAGGCUAGCUAGUGAGUCCAACAAGCAGGAGGCUGCUAAUCUUUUCACUGAGGCACUGCGCUAUGAUGGUGAUGAAGCGCUGCUAGAUAAUUGGAGACUGAGUGUUAAAGAAGAGGGCGUUGAUGUGAAAUCCCUAUCACUCCCAUUCCCUUUUUUCGAUAAGUCAGCGACUGUUAUCUACGACCAAAGUCAGAAUUCCACCACGAGCAGGAGAUCGGAGGCUAUUUUCAGCAGCCUUGAGCAAACGCUGGAUGUAGAUAGCAGCAAGCCUGAUGCAAGUGUCGACGUAGACGCAGGAGAAACCUUCCACGUCCAAAUAUUCCCCCGCAACCCUUUCCAUGGCGGCAUAACUUUGAGCGACCUGGAGCUCAACUUCGAUGGCGAUGGGAGGGUGGAUGUGGAGCGACUCGACAAUUUGGUGGAACUGGCUGCCAUGCAAGCCCUUCCGCUUACCUUCAAAUGCAGUAUACCCACCCCAUCUGCCGUUAAACUCAGCAGCGUUUCCUUCACACUGGACGGGCUUGCGAGGUUUACAGAGUCAUUGACGAGGAAUGGACGGAGACUGAACGAUACCAAAGAGCAGCGCAUCGGCAGAUUCUAUGCGCCCGACUUAUCACUACAGGUUAGAGCCCACGAAGCGUCCCCGAAGCUGUCGGCGAGCUUAGUGGGUGUCCCGCAGCGCAUGGGUUUGGGCGAGGGGCGUUUAGCUCACCUCGUCCUCAACAACACCGGGCUAUUGGAUGUGGACGAUAUUCGAGUGGCGGUUAAUGAGCAGUCCUUUGUUGUGCUCGGUGUGGAUGGCGGGAUAGAUAGUGCGCUCGAUUUUUACAAACAGCAAAAAGGUGCGAGUAAUGAGAAGUGUCGUGUCGAGAACAACUUGCUGCCCACUCAGCCGUUGGCCCUCCAUGAGAGUAUCAGAAGCGGGGAGAAGAUGUCCAUUCCCGUGCUCGUCAGAGGCGAUGGCGUGGGCAAGCGAGCACUCCAUCUACUUAUCACGUACAAGCAGAAGGAUCGCACUUUACAACCUAGCACAUCACAGCAUGAAAGAUCGCAGCGCACUUGGCACUCUCAACACAGCGUCAAAAGAUUGCUGCACAUAGUCGAUAUUCGACCAGUGGUGGAUGUGAAACUCGCCGCACAUCCAAGCAAGGCGCCAGUCGGCGGCUACGAGCUUUCGCUUGAGAUAGAGAAUGUGGUGCCUGAUUCGCAGGUAGACAUAACGCAAGUGACGUUUGUAUCUCCUGCAUGGAAAUGCGUAGGGGAUCUGCAGGAGAUGUCGCUGAGUUUUGAGGAAAUGGUCAAACAGCAUUUCAGGGCGGAAUUAAGUGAGGAGUACGUAGCGUCGGAUGGAUAUAGGACGCAAGAGUACAUGGUGGACAGGAUGGCGACGUAUUUGCAGGGCAAAGAUAUGGCAGAUACGCACCCACCGCCUGUGCAUGUGCUCGCCACACACCUCGCCAACGCAACGGAUGAAUACAUCCCAUUUACUCAGACAUCGCUCUUGAAUAUCAUGAUGAACGCUAGACGCAACCUCCGGCAGAUCACACUGGCACACGAAUUCAAAAGCUUGCACAAGGACUUGCAGCCUCACCUGUUCCCGCUCAUGGAGAUGGGUGAGGGGGACGUAAUGGUGUGCUGGCGGAUGGGCGACAGGGUCGGACACGCGCUUGUAUCGGGACUGGUGAUGGGCGCGCGAGAGGGACUUACGGGGAGGAUAGCGGAGAGGGUGAAGCAGUCGAAAGAUGUCAGGAGCGUCUUGUACGCGUCGACAAUCAAAGAGCGCGAAAGAACACUAGUGGAGCUGAGCAAGAGUCGCUACAACGUGAACGACAUGCCGAUCAUCGUUAACACUUACACGCCAUCGACUAUCAACCACCUUUUCGAACAAGAACCUGAGUUAAGGUUGAGCGUCGACGUCAGUCUGUUCAAUAACUCGAUCAGUAAAGAGGUGGAGUGCACGUUGAGCGUGAGGGAUAAAAUGGAGGGGCUGACUGUGCCGACGAGGAUUUUUGAAAGGACAGUGCAGCCGCAGCAGGCGGAGAUGGUCAAUAUACCACUCGUAUGCACCGCACCCGGUGUGCACAAGUUAAGGGAGAUGGUCCUGUCAUUGGGGACAUCGAACUAUGUCGUCAAGUUGAAUGAUAUUGUUGUUAUUUAG